AUGGGUUCCAAGGCAGCAGCUAAAAAACCUCAUGUUGUUUGUGUUCCAGCUCCAACUCAAAGUCAUAUAAAGGCAAACCUCAAAUUUGCAAAGCUCCUCCACAAUAGAGGUGUUCAUGUAACCUUUGUCAACACAGAAUUCAACCACAACCGCUUUCUUAAAUCUCUUGGACCCAACUCCCUUGACGGGUUGCCCGAUUUUCGAUUCGAAACUAUUCCUGAUGGCCUUCCAGCUGGUUCAGAUCAAGAUGCAACCCAAGAUGUCUCCUUGGUUUCUGAUUCCAUCAACAACAAACCCUUGGCCCUGUUUCGAGACCUCCUUAUGAAACUCAAAGACAGAACAACUUCCAACAGUGACAUCAAUCCUCCAGUGACUUGCAUUGUUUCAGAUGGUUUCAUGCCAUUCACAACCACAGCUGCAGAAGAAAUUGGAGUUCCUGUAGUGCUUUUGUUUACUAUUGCUGCAUGCAGCUUCAUGGGCUAUAAGCAAUACCCUGCUUUGGUGGAAAAAGGUCUUGCGCCCCUCAAAGAUGAGAGCUGUUUGACAAAUGGCUUCUUGGACAAGGAAAUAGAUUGGAUUCCAGGAAUGAAAGGUAUUCAUUUGAGGGAUCUACCGACGAAUUUUCGAACUACAGAUCCCAAUGACUUCCUGUUUAACUUGUCCUUGGAAUCAAUUGAAAGAGUUCGUAAAGCUUCAGCAGUUGUGCUUCAUACUUUUGAUGCAUUGGAGCCAGAUGUUUUGAAUGCUUUGUCAUCUAUGUUUCCACUUGUUUAUGCCAUUGGCCCUGACCAAUUACUUCUCAAUCAAUUACCAGAAGACCCUUUGAAGCAUAUUGGAUACAGUUUAUUGAAAGAAGAAACUGAAUGCCUUGAAUGGCUAAAAUCCAAGGCACCAAAUUCAGUUGUGUAUGUGAAUUUUGGCAGCCUAGCAGUCCUGACACCACAACAACUUGUUGAGUUUGGAUGGGGACUUGCAAAUAGUAAGCUUCCUUUCUUUUGGGUAAUUAGGCCUGAUUUGGUUGUUAGUGAAUCCGCAAUUUUGCCACCUGAGUUUGUAGCUGAAACAAAGGAAAGAGGUCUAAUAGCAAGUUGGUGCCCACAAGAGCAAGUCCUUAAUGACCCAUCAGUCGGAGUGUUUUUGACACACGGCGGUUGGAAUUCAACCAUUGAGAGUUUGUGUGCAGGAGUGCCUAUGCUUUGUUGGCCAUUUUUUGCAGACCAACAAACAAACUGUUACUAUGUUUGCAAUGAAUGGGGAAUUGGCUUGGAGAUCAACAAUGAUGUCAAGAGAGACCAAGUAGAGAAGCUUGUUAAAGAGUUAAUGGAAGGAGAGAAGGGUAAGAAAAUGAAAAAUAAGGUCAUGGAGUGGAAGAAAAUAGCAGAAGAAGCCACCAGUCAACAUGGUUCUUCAUCCACAAACUUAGACAAUUUAGUGAAUCAAGUGAUCUUAGGAAAAAUCUAG